AUGCUUCAAUUACAAUGCCUCGUUUCUGCUAUUGAUUAUUAAUGAGACAAGCAGAACCUGUUCCCAUUGUUCGUACACGACGACGCUGUGAUGGAAGCUUUAGAUACCUGUUCAGGUGUUCUGUUAGUCUAACAUUUCUCACCUGCAGAUUAUACACACUUCAAACUGGAUGACUUUUUCCAAGUUCCUUAGGGUGGUUCGGAUGUACACCAUUUAGCCAUUUCACAUGAGACAGGGAUAUGUGGGUGCUUAGUCUUGGAGUACUAUUCUGUGGAGUUCCUGUAGCGGAAUUGUCUUGUUUUGGCGUCAGUGGCAACAUGGGGUACCUGUCUAGUCAAAGGUUGACUGACUAUACCUACAUCAAUGACACCACUGCAACUGUUGAUGUGUGUGCUCUUCUCUGUGUCGUCGAGCCCCUCUGUAAAUCUUUUAACUACCAUGUACUUUCUGGAGCGUGUGAAAGGAAUACUGAAACGGGAGUUACCAAGCCGACUAAUCUUCAGUCGGUUGCAAACUGGGUGAAUACGGAAUCUGUGCAAAUACCGAAGAGUCUGGCGGGAGUCUGCGAGAAUCAUAUGUGUCAGCCUGAUGAGCAAUGUAGGCCUCUAGGUGGCGUUGCAACGUGUAUCAAAGUGAAUCGAUGUUACACGUUGGUGGAUGGACGCGCUCGUUACGCUGGGACACGGUCUACUACAAGUAUGGGCUACACGUGUCAGCGAUGGGACGAUCACACUACACACUCCCACGUCGGCAAUGGUGACGACUCUGCAUUCUUUCCUGAUGAUGACAGUGUGGAGGCAGCGGCCAAUUAUUGCCGUUCACCAACCUCUGACGGGGUAAAAGAUCUCUGGUGUUAUACCACAGACCCACAUAAGCGUUGGGAAGCAUGCGACGUGCCUCAGUGCUGAGUGGCACAUUCGACAAAUGCACCAAACGUCUAUAGGCCAACUGGCAAUUGCCAUAAUUUUGAAAGACACAGAUCUUUAGGGACAAACUGAGACGUAAUACUGUAAUGGGUAAGUGGAUAGUUCUCUAUGCACAAAUUGGUGUGCACUAUGCUGUUGACAGACAGAAAUCUGCAAUCAACACUAAAUUCAGAACUAUAGCUUUAAGAUUUACUACAUGACAAAGUCUUUCAUACAUAUUCACAUUAAGAUAGCGUCAUCGAUGCCAAUGCAACGGGAAAGAUAGCAAGGUAGCCUUCGUCAGACAUUUUGAGUGGGAUUUCAACUUGGAUUGAAGAGACGAAUGAACGAGCCGUGGGUAUCCAGUGGGCCAAUGUCUACCAGGUCUUAAUGGCAUAUUGCCGGGAACUACCCGAAGCAAUUUAUACUGAGAUGAAGCCCGUGAUGAACAUGUCGUCUCUGUAAGCAAUACAGAAAGAUGCUAUUCUCCUCCUUGAAAACAACUUUGGACGAAGCGAUCCAGCUGAAAUAAUGCAAAUAUUUGUUUCAUAUCUUUGUCAGUUUCGAUUAAUAACAUAUCAAGAGACUCUUUCAUUCCCUAGGGCCUGUGGGGUAGCCAAAUGACAGUGUUUUAUCGGCAGUUCCAAUGGGGAAGGCGAUCUAAAUAUAGUCUGGAAGCGUAUGAAUACAAAUACGGCAAGGUCAAGGUCGCUGCGCACUGACGACUAAAAAUAUUGCGCCAAUUUAAAAGAGUCAAAUUCUGACAAAUACAUCUAACACGUGACACAGUGUCCAUUUCAAUUACCAUAUACCUCACUUUCUAAUAAUAGUUUUUAAAAUCACAUGUAAAAUUUUAUUUUCUGAUAGUAACCUUACAAUUCGAGAGCAGGAGAUCGAAGUCACCCGCUGUCACUUCAUUCGAGAGACUGGACUCCCAUGACUUAUUUUAACACAUAUGGAUAAUAAAAGAACUUAUGAAAUCGUACUACAUGAGGAUUAACGAAAUAGCAAAAUAGAGGGCCCGAUCUGAUAUGUAGCUUAAUUCCCAGAUUCCCACAUUCUCCUGCUUGUAUAGUUGCAUUUUGCCUUAAGUUAGUUUACCUAUAAGAUUAUAUGAAACUGCUGUUCACUAGUAACUUGUUAAUAUGAAAUUACAAUGCUGAAUAUUACACAUCAUAGGAACUGCGUACUUGUUGCAGUUAUGCCUGCCUUUCAUGUAUAAAGAUUAAACAUAUGGUAUACUUCA